CACCUUGUGUGAACAAAAAUUUGAUAGUUACAGUAUCUGAGUAAGAACUUGCUUGAUUUAUAACUGCUUGCGUAUCCGAAUCGGCGUUGAAUUACCAGACUCGUGGUGAUAAAUUUUCCUCCUUUUAACAAACUCAUUUUGACAGUGUUGUAAUGGCUGCCAUUUUUUCAACCGUAUUACAUCUGCCUGAAUCUUCACGUUAGUUCGGAAGUUGGCCAUUUUUAAUACGUGUUGAUGAUGAAAUUGAUAUUUUUUGAGUAAAAAGCACAAUUUUAUUAGUGGAAAAUCGUCGUAAAGAGUGAAAUUAAUUAUUAUUUUUCAUUUUUUUUACAUUUAUGAAAAACAACAACACUGCGACAUUUUUCAAUUUUAACUUUUUUGGCAUUGUGUACAGUAUUUUUUAGGCAGCAUCAAACUCAACAGCCAAUCAGAAUUCAGUGUUUUUGAAAUGCUGCCUAUUUUUUUAUUUGUGCAAAGCCAAAAAAAAUUAUUUUUCAAAAAAAGAUCAAAAUUUGAAAAUUUGAAAAGGAGGUUUUCGUAAAGUUUUUGAAAAUUUCUCAAUUAAAAUCCUUUUUUUGAUUCGAUUAUAAUCAUCGUCAACGAGUAUGGAAUCCGAAGAACGAUUUGCCAACCAAAUGCCCAACGUUUUGACCUCGGAAUCAUUCAUAUCGGCCAGAUUCAAAGAGAUAUCAACUCUCAGUAAUCUUAUCAAUGGAAGCAGCCGAGUUACCUCGAUAUUUCAACGUCUUCCUAAACACAUGAGACGGCGAGCUAUGAGCCAUACUGUCAAAAGAGUACCAAAAAGUUUGAGAGAUGCUCACAGACGACAGUUGGAGAAAAAUAAAGCCUUGAAAGUACAACGAAGUUCGAGAAAACAUUACAGAAAACGAGCUCGUGAUUUGCUAUUGGAAUAUAAUCGCCGGCAGCGAGUAAACUUAUGGCUCGAGACUCAUAUUUGGCACGCUAAACGAUUCAGAAUGGUACGCAAAUGGGGUUACAAGUUGGCCGAACGAUCUUGCGAUAAGAGAUUCAGAGCUUCAUAUCGAGCUACGUUUUCUCACUGUUUAAUACAAGAUGUAUCGUAUAUGAACUGUAUAGAGCUGAAUGGACCGCAACAGGUGCUAUUAGACGGAUUCAAACUAAUAACCAGUUCAGAAUGUGGAUUAUCUGUGGGAGCAAAAUGUUGGUUGAGAGGUUCCAGAGAAGGAAAAGUUACCUUAUACCAUAAAAACUCGUAUCCUUUUCGCGUCAUCGGCGAUAUAACAUUUAUAUGGAAACCGGACAAGAUCGAAGAUAGCACGAAAUCUCGUACUUUAUGGAUUUGGUGCCAUCCAUCGUACUAUAAAGAAUUAUGGGAUGAAUUAGUCGACAUAUUUGGUUUAGAACUCAUUCCCGCCAAAUCGCAAGAUAUUGAAAUGGAAGAUCUAUCGCAGAAUCCAUCAUCAAAACCUGCGGAAACUUCAUCCAAACGAAAUAAAAACGUAGAACGAACGAAAAUCGCAUGCAAAAACGUUCCCCAUCGCAGAAUAGAUAAAUACGUGAAUAGCAAAUCGAACGUUACCAUGAUUUCUUUGAAAGAUACCUUGAAUCGGUUCAGAUUAACUGGACCAUUGUCUAACGCUGUGUUAUCCAAAGCUCUACAUCCAGCCCAAUUAUUCGAUAAAUAUCUAACUCAAUCGAAAACAAUUUGGUGGAAUGAAUACAGAGCCGAAGUACCGGAGGAAAUUACUUUUAAAUUAUUGGAAAAAUACAACUCGCCGUCGUAUUUCCCUCCUUACUCGAUUCUCGGAGGACACGUUAUUGAUCCGCGUUUAUUUUUAAAACGUAAUCGCACCAAGGCGAUUGGAAAAAAUCAAGAAUGCGAACCUUUGACUGAAAUCGAGCCAGAAGCGUCGAAUACUGCCUUAUGGAAUCCUGCCAUUCGAGAUGAUAUCAGUUUGAAUAAAUUUUCCAAUGCUAAAAUAAAUCAAUUAAGGUCUAAAUUAUUAGUUCCUGGGCACGAUGUACAAUUAUUAAGUGUUGUCAAUUCGGUAAUUCCCAUUUUACUCGUGCAAAGACCCGGAUCUACUGAUUCUGAUGUUAAAUUGAAUUAUGGCAGUGGUUGGGAUAUAAUAAUACCUGUCAAUUGGGCAAUGCCUGUCUGGUUAUCGUUGAUAUUAUGUGGAGCUAAACCAGGAGGUCUUAGAGAAUCAAAAACCAUAAAUUUUGAGAGCAAACUUAUGCCAGAUCUAGCUCCAGAUUCUCAAGCUGGUCAAGAACACUAUAGUCAAAUUGAGACAACUGAUCGAGAUCAUUAUUUUAGAAUGCCACCAAAUAAACGUACAAAUUACAUCAAGAAUGGCUUCCCUACUCCAUUUCAUCAUCCUUGGAAUACAUUACUCAACGAAUGGAUCCCUUCUUCGAAACAAGACUCUUAUUACGUUUUACGAAACAAAAAACUCUUAUUCGACUUACGAACAGUUUUGGAAACGACAAAAUCCAACCGAAACCGUUCAUCUUUACGAACCCUUCUCGCAUCAAUUUCUCAAGACAAGUGUUUAGUUCCGGUCUCGAUCCGAAUGCUCAACAAAGGUCAACUGCCACCCUUUUCACACAUCUGCCUACCUAACAAAACAGACCUCCAGAACAAAUUAUCCCUCCCUGUCGAGAAAGUACACUCGGAUAAGAAUAAAAUAAAACGAAAAAUGUUCAGAAAAGAACACUCGAAGACCUUGAAACGUUUACGUCGUCAGCGAAUCAAACAGAAGAAAGCGUCGACUGAAAAGUUACCUUUGAAAAUCACCAAAAGAAAACAAUCUCCUACCGAAGCCUUAGUUAAGGAGUAUUUAUCUCAAAUGCAGGAUUUAUGGAUUCCUGCGAAAUGCACAUCGAUUAGGAACCAUUGCAGUAGACAAAUUGCAGGGUUCGUUGUGAACGGUGGUUUUUCAUUUAUGCAAUCUCGUAUCGUAGGUCAAGGAUACGUUGCGUUACAGUCUUUGUUUAUUUUAUGUGAUAUGUGGCAAGAUUUGAAGACCGAGCCUGUUGUAUUGACUCGAUCUCCUAAUUGUUUAAAUUACAGAUUUGGUGUGAUCAGUGUUACUGUUUGAUAAUAAAAUGUUUCUUAAUUUUUUUCA